AUGUCGGAGGUAACGAAGGUGUGGAACGGUGAAGCAGUCAGGUUGCUGCCACACGGGUCUCACCUUUGCCCCAAUGGCCUCCCGUCGGAGUGUACCUACACCCCAUUUUGGGACCGUUCAUUUCGUUCGGGUUCCUUGUUGGGUUGCGGCAGCACCAGCGGGUGCAGUAUAGUGUAUCGAGGCAGAAGCCCUGAGCCUAGUUCUCUGUUGACUUGUUACUUGGGGGGCUUCAAGCUGCACGAUAGGUCUCUCCCACUUGGGCGCAUUUCUAAGAAAACAUUCAAUCCCCUGCUCGAGGUGGAGGUGGUGAACGCGGUAGGAGUUUGCUAUUUUGACCAGCUGCUAUCGGAUCACCCUCUUUGUCUUUGCCUGCAGCCAAGUUGCUGCUGCUGCAGUGGAAAGCUUCCCACAGACCCCGACCCCUACAGCCUGCGCGGCGAUGGCAAAAAGGCAGCAGCUGCAGCAGCAGCAGCAAGAAGCAGGCGUGUUACAGUGCUUGAAGAAUAUGUUCCGUACGGCGCACUACAAGAGGUAGCUAAGCAUGGAAGACGUACUCCGGUCCUUGUGCUGCCAUGUGGUGCAGCACACAGCGCGCUCGAGUUGGUAGCGAUAUCCCAUAAAGUGGGCGAUGUUGUUUAUACGCGAGGGCUCCCCCGCAAUAUCAGGAGCCAACAGUACAGAGGGGGACGUGGAUCGGACACUGAGAGCCGCGAAAGAGGAAAAAAAAGAGUGAGGCAAGGCAUUAGCAGCAGUAGCAGCAACAGCCGAAGCAGCAGCAGCGGCAGUGAUCAGUCCUUGGAAGAGGGGUGUAGUAGUGACAGCUUUGGCCUUUCUGAAUGGGAGACGUCUAUGCAAGUAGCUGGAUGCUCGCUGGGUCUUGAAGGCCGUCGGCUUGCGGAGUUGCAUCCCAACGUAUUUCAGUGGACUCGGGGGGAAGGCCAGCGUCUGCGUGGUGACGGCACUGCUAGCUGCGAGAAGCAAAACAGCAGCAGCAGCUGUUGCUGUUGCUUUUGCUGCUGGUGUCCCAUGGGGGACGAAGCGGAUAAAGUGGGAUCAGCACGAAAUAUAUACGCACGCGGAGAUGCCCGUCACGCUCCCGACCUCGUGGACACCAUCAAGCCCAAAGAGUCCGUUGUAUCUGAGAGGGUAUUGGAGGUGCGCACAGAUGACAAGCACCCUUUUAUUAAGCUUGUCUAUGCCAGGAACUCUAGGGGUUUGUACGUAGCGAGGCUAAGGUACGACGAGGAUGACUUCGAUCCCGCAGAAGCUACGGAGGCGCUCAAAGUAGCAGCGCGCAGGCAGCAAGGAGUACAGGGGACCCAAUCUGAGACGGAUAUACUUGGUUGGCUUCAGGAUGGAGGCUUAAGGCGGCAGCUGAAAGUGGAAGUGCUGCAUGACGCGCCUUAUGGCUACCGGGUGCCACGCCAGGAGGGAGGUCGGGCUCGACACAAAGACAAAGAAGCUGGAGUCCUACGUUUUGGGGUCCCCAAGCAAAUUCCAGCCCAUCCAACAGUAAUCAACAUUGCCGUGAGCCCUGCGGAUGUUGGUGAAGCUGCACUGCUCUACAGCUCGCAGUACGUGAGUCUCUGGAAAGCCGAGGAGGCGCGAAUGGAAGUGCCCGCGCCCGUUUCUCUCUCUGUGGUCACUCGAAACAUCAAGCGGGCGUCUCGGCCGUCUAUGCGAUACAGACACCGCGCUGUUCUUGCUGACCCAGCUGCGGAAGCCUUCCAGACCCUCUGUUAUUUACCCCACCAACGCCAAACUCUUCUUUUGGGGAGCGAAAAUCUCUGGGCUUUGGACCUCAGGGCAAAGGGGAUGACAAGGCUUUUCCCCGCGCUGCAUGCACCGACGCACAGUAGCACUCUGCAGUGCAUUGCCGAGACGCUGUAUGCGCCAUGUACAGCCAAUUCGACCUACCACACAACAUUCACUGCUUUGGCUCCUCACCCAGUCCAUCCCUUCCUCCUUGCCGCAGUCCACGAUGCUACAGAGUCCAUUUAUCUCUUUGAUGUGAGGGCGAUGCAUGAGCCUCUCACAGUCGUUGGCCUCCCCACAGUCCGCAAGAUGGGUUCCAGAUAUCGCAGUUUACUGUGGCACAGCAGCACCGACAAGUGGGCUCAAGCAGAACACCUGGAGCCCAUGAGGGCUACUCGUCUAUCUAGUGAUAAUGCCCGCAAGGUUGCCUUCACUUCUGCAGCAUGCGCGGCACAUCAUGACCCUUCCUGCACUCACGACCUCCUUGCUGCGUUUUCUUGGAAAAGCGACGACGUGGUCUGCAGCGCGCUUCGAGUACACCCUGCUUUCUGCCCUCACGAUCCUAUGGAGCCCUUUAGCACUUCAAGCCGAGAGGAACGUUCCCAAAGCAUCCACUUCGGGGAUUCGGGGGUCCCAGCUACCAGGCAGAAGGACCAUCCGCGCCUGCACAGCAAACGGCCUUAUUUUGAAGCCUCGCCACUAGAGGCCGUAAAGCAGAGCUGUCUUCCAACAGUCAUAAACAGAGAGGUAGUAGAGGUUUCGUGGCAAGCAGAAGUUUCAAUGUUUCCCCGUGUCAGCUGGGGUCUUGAAAACCGGGAGCGUUGCAGCUCUAUCCCAUCUAAGACUCCUAUUGGUUCGCCCUGGACCCAACAGAGACCGUUGCAGGUGACUGUAGAUGAGCAUGCGGCCACCGCCACUUUCCAUGGGUAUGCAGGGGCGUGUCUUUUUGAGUUGCCAGUAACGGGGGAGACACGGCAAGCACUCGCUCACGAAGGCCAUCAACAACCAACGCGAACUGUCCGGUGCAGCCUAUGCGGGAGCAGUAACGCACUGGCGUUGGCAGCAGCCUGGAGCACUAGUAGCAGAACUACAUUCUGCAGGAACUGCUUAGCCCCCAUCAGCCACGCUAUAAGUAUGUCCGAAAAAUCACCGGGAUCCCUCGUUGUCCUUUCUGCGCUAACUACCAGCGGCCGUCUCACCUGCAGGCCCUUAACACUAAAUGACCCAGUGCUAAGGCUGAAAUUGCAGAACCGCUGCCGCCUGUACUCACAAUUGGCAAGGCGGCAGCGGUUCAAGAGGAAGGAGGACCAGAAAACGUUUAGAGCUUUCGGUGUUGAGCUGGGCAAGUUCUCGCAAGCUAGUGAGCCCUCGGAGGCUCUGGCUGCCCUCCUGUCCUUCCAUACUCAUCGAUUUUCCCGCGAAUAUCUCUGCAGUACCGCAAGUGGUAAAGGCAGCAUAGCUACUUAUAAGCCAUCCGGUCAUGGGGCCGUACAUGUUCUACUAAAACAUCUGCACGCAAAUUUGAACGAAAAGCGGGUCUUGCCACAAAGGAUUUCGGUAUUGCUGCUACAAGCGCAGCUGCAGCAGACUUUGCAGCGGGAGUUACUAUUCCGUGCUGCGCUAAAGCUGCAGCGCAGCCAGCAGCUGCAUCUGCUGCGUCGAGUUUCCUUUGAGAACCACUUGGUGCCAUGCGAAGAGGUAGCUGGCGCGCUUUUGGGCGCUUUGAGGCUAGGCUUGGCGGCAAUGAAAUUCAGCGGACUCUGGCCGCGAAGGCUUGCUUCGUUUGCUUUCUGUGACUCGGGAGCCUUCGGCAUUCACAGGCCUGCGUUUAUCACGGAGGCCUACGACCCUGAGCCUGUCGUUCAGGUGCUUCUAGCUAGCCGAAAUCUUGAUGCGUACCUAAACGGAACCGCAGAGGGUCACCCCACAGAGUCAGGGAAAGCAAGGGACCUCCAGGAUGAGCAACGAGCAACUACAGAGGGAGAAACGGAUCAAAACAGCUAUGUGCUGUCGUUGGCAGGCUCGGAGCAUUCCCAGUCCCUCCUAUCUUCGGACCCUAACGGCAAGGUUUCUUCCAAUGGCGGCUACUUACCAGAAGACGAAAAACACCAAAGAUUUGACAGCGCAUCAGCUGCCAGAGAGUUGCUGGAGACAGAACCUGAGGAGUCGGGCUUUACAGCAGUAACGGAAAUUUCCGCGCUACCCUUCUCUACAUCGAGGAGCCGUGCGAUUUUCCGCUACGCUGUUGAGGCUGUGGAAGCCUUGAGCUAUGCGACGCCUGGAAGAAGCCUCUUGCAAUUAAGAGACGAAGGCAGUGUUCUUCUGCAUGACGUACUGAUGGCGGUUCAGAUGUGGCGUGACGGAGUGCUGACAGAUGCUCAGGUCUUGAGCUUAUUGCGUCCCUUCACAAUUAGCAGGCCUUGUACAACCGGUAUCUUAGACAUGCAAAGAACCACUUUGCCACUGAGUGUCUCUGUGGCUCGCUCCCCUCAAGAAGCUCUAAAAACCGCUAUGGAAGUGGCACGAAGACCGCAUCUACAAAGUGUAUUCAACUCCACAAGGCGUGCAAACGACGCUGUUCUUAACAAGCCGGCUGUAGGGCCUGAGGAAGCGUAUGCAUCUCCUCCUUUGGAAGCGAAUGAGUCACCCGGCGGAUUGUCUACGGGCGGGACAGGAGAGAUCAAGAGUGAAUUCUGGAAAGUAUCAAACCCUGCACUGGCUCCAGCUGUGCUGUGUUGUUGCAAAGUCGUACUGCAGCAUCACUGUGAUGUCCAUGCAUGUACUGUGGGAGAUCAACCAGUGUGUCCAGUGCCUGGAGGGGACUAUACGGGGGUUUUGUACCCGCAUACUGACGGUGUCCAAGCCUUGCUGGAGGCGCUUAAGUCACAGCUCAGAAAUUAUCGAGCAGAAAAUCAAUGUGGUGAUGCAGUUAGGCAUGCCUGCUCUAUCCCGCAGGCCAUCGUGGACGAGCUGGCGGAGGCCCUGUUUCUGACACAUGAGGUGCUGUUGCUACCAGUAGGGGACCACAAAGCGCUUGAACCGUGCCACCAGCCCACAAAGGUGUCCUGCUCUGGCUCAGAAGCUCCUACGAGUAGCUCUGCAAAUGAUUUAACCUCAGUAGAAAAUCCAAGCCGUCACUAUAGUGGCCGCCAAAACUUGCCGAGGAACGCAAGGAACUUCGAUCCUGGGGUCCCUCAGCUGUUCACUCAGCAAGUUGGAGGCUCAUCUGCAAUUGAUGUGAUUUCACCGAAAUGCCCUUUGGCUUCCCCUUGGAUCCCUGCCUACUGCAUUUCGCGGCAUCUGCACACCUUCGCCCGAACAGAUACAUUGAUUGCAGAAGACGACCACUUGCAGCAGGAACUCCAACAGUACGCGUGGCGAGAUCUGCUGCAACAUCAGCAAAUGACACAAAUGACCAAUGCUGCUCUCCCUGGCGAUUUCAUAGGGCAGCACUUUUCGCGGUACCCGAGCAGCCCAACCCUACGCCUGCCGCAGUCCAUGAGGUGCCGCCUCCCUGACCAUGUUCUUCAGGGCCUGGCCCACAGCAAAUGGGGCCGACUGCUCUGUGGCAUCGCCGUUAAUGACGUACUAAUAGCAGACCUUCUCUCGCAUUGGGAUGCCUCUGCAGUUCAGAGGAUGCGUGAGACCGCAGAAACGCAACGCCAGGUAGAAAGGCGCACUGAGCCGGCUCAUGAGGAUGACAGACCUAGCCGCCAGAAAGGUACACUAACGGCUGUGGAUGACUUGCCGAGAGACCCGGCAGGCAGAGUGUCUGAUGAGCUCUGCAGGCUACUGGAGUUGCUACCACAAACGCCUCUGCAGUAUUCCUUGUUCGUUAGUGUGCAGGAGCGGCAGCAAGAGCAGCGCCGCGUCCAGGCAGAGCGGCAACAGCUGCUCGAAAGCAUUGCACAGGCAAUGCGCCGACGAGCGUAA